GUACAGUGAUACUGGAAUUAUUUUUGUCCGGUUAAUUUACUGAAACACCAACAAUCAGAAGUUAAUUUUAAUAAAUAAUAAUCGACUCAACUAGAGUUAUCAAAUACUAUUUUUUAAGUGUAAUGCAAUAAAGCAAAAUGACGCAGAAACAUUUGGUUUUGGUUAAAUGGGUUCCUCGUGCCCAAUUUCUCUUUCCUUUAACUCGCAGACUAACGUCAUUCAUCCCUCUGCAGUCUGCUCAACUUACUGUACUUAGUUUCAAUGUCUGGGCCGGAGAACCCUAUCCCACAGCCGGCACCCGAAUCCAAUCGGAUCCGCCCGGCCGGCGGCACAGAAAACAGCUGGUGCAAAGCCGUGCCCGGCGGCACAGGCAUAACCACCUUGGCUCUCCUAAUCUCAAAACCUCCAGACAUUCAACAUCUCCAGAAUGUCCUCCACAAACUCCAACUCACCCAUCCAAUCCUCAAUUCAAAACUCCAUUACAAUCCCACCACCAGCGCGUACUCCUACGUCAUUGCCCCCACCCCUCAACUCCAAAUCCAACAGUUUGAUCUAGCAUCAACCUCUGAGAUUCUACAUUCCGGCAUUAAUCCCGGCAACUCCGUCUCCGAUUUCCACCUUAUCCUCGAGCACGAACUGAAUCGAAACACCUGGCGCGAUCCCGCCCCGUUGUCCGACUUAGAUUUGUUCUUCGCGAGCGUUUACAAUCUGAGUUCUGAUGACAAAUGGGUGGUGGCGCUCCGGCUUCACACAUCGAUAUGUGAUCGGGCCACCGCGGUGUCGUUGCUCCGGGAUGUACUGCGGCUAAUGUGCGCAGAAACCGAGGAAUCGGCGGAGAAGGAAAUCGAUACGGCGGCGGAAAUCAGAUUAGGGAUCGAAGAUUAUGUGCCGAGUGAAAAGGGGAAAAAGGCGUUUUGGGCACGUGGAGUGGACGUGCUUGGUUACUCUUUAAAUUCGUUCCGGUUAUCAAAUUUGGGAUUCAAGGACGCUCAGUCGCCAAGAUCGUCACUGGUUAUAAGAUUACAGCUUAAUGCUCAACAUACUCAACAAAUUCUCUCGGGAUGCCAAUCAAGAAACAUAAAAUUAAGUGGGCUACUGGCGGCUGCUGGGCUUCUUGCUGCACACUCCUCAAAAGGCCUUCCGGCCCAUCACUAUGAAAAGUAUGCCGUCGUCACCCUUAUUGACUGCCGUUCUACCCUUGAUCCAGUGCUCACUUCAUCAGAUUACGGAUUCUAUCAUUCUGCUGUCCUGAACACACACGACGUGAAUGGUGAAGAAGGCUUGUGGGAAAUGGCAAGAAGAACCCACGAAUCCUUUACCAGGGCUAAGAACAACAAUAAGCACUUCACCGACAUAGCCGAUGUCAAUUUCCUCAUGUGCAAAGCCAUAGAAAAUCCAGGCCUGACCCCGUCUUCGUCAUUGAGAACCGCAUUAAUAUCUGUCUUCGAGGACCCCGUGAUUGAUCAUUCGAACGAGAUGCACGAGAGGCUUGGAUUGGAAGACUAUGUGGGUUGUGCUUCAUCCCACGGCGUCGGCCCAUCGCUCGCCAUAUUCGACACAAUUAAGGACGACCAACUUGACUGUGCAUGCGUUUUUCCAUCGCCCCUGCACUCAAGGGAGCAAAUGCAGGAGCUGAUUGAGGAAAUGAAAAGGAUUCUUGUUGAGGGAAGCAAUGAGGCAGAAUGAUGAAAUUAAGCUAUAAGAAUUCUUAGGCUUCCUCCUUUAAUGGAGGUUUGCCUUCUCCAUUUUCCUGGCUAGAUUCAGGGUUAAGGAAUGAAUCUCAUGUGAUGAUUAGGCAAAUAAUUGUUUAUUCUUCUCUUUACGGUUUGUACUAUUUCUCUGGAGAAAAAGGACCAUUUCUUUGCGGGUGUCAUUGAAUCCGGCUAAAAGACUUGUUUGGUAAAGUCCAAAUGGAACGAUACAAAGAUAUAAAACCUGUAAUCUUUGAUGCAUUAUUAGUAGAUUAAGUUGACUAUCCUUUGGAAAAAGGAAAAGUUGGUGUCCCUUGAAGAAUGGACGAUCGCGUCAUAGAAGAAAAACAAUCUAUAAUGUUGAAUGUGGGAAAAAAAAGGAGAGAGAGAAGGCAAUCUAUACGUUAAGAUUUCGCUUUCAAACCAAUAUUCUGACCAUCAAUCACGUAGAAAGUACAAGUUG